AUGCUCAAAUGUUCUCAUAUCUUGGGAAGAGUCCUGCGUAAAUCGAGUUGGAAGUAUCCGAAAGAUAAAAUCCGCAAUUUUUCUAUCAUCGCUCAUGUUGACCAUGGCAAGAGCACAUUAGCAGACAGAAUCUUGCAGAUAUGCGGCCACCAAGUUGAUCGAAAGCAGACCCUGGACACGCUUGAUGUUGAGCGCGAGCGAGGCAUAACAGUAAAGUCAGUUGUUGCAUCGGUCAAACAUACGGUGAACGGAGAAGACUAUUUGCUCAAUCUAAUUGAUACUCCUGGCCAUGUUGAUUUCAGUUGGGAGGUGCAGAGAUCAUUGACAGCUUGUGAAGGCGUUCUUCUUGUGGUGGAUGCGUCUCAGGGAGUCCAAGGAAUGGUUCUGUUAAAUAAAGUGGAUCUCCCGCAUGCAGAUGUUGACAAAACGAUGAUGGAGUUGAAUCAGAUGUUCGACAUUGAAUUUGAAGAAUGCCUCUCAAUAUCUGCAAAAAGUGGCAUGGGUGUUACAGAAGUGCUGGACGAGAUUGUCAAUAGAAUACCUCCUCCACUGCCAAUUGACCCAGAUCCUGAGGGAUUACUUCCUGGACAAAUUGGCUACUUCUCAACAUUAAAAGCCAAGUCUCGUGUCACCGGAAAAGUUCUUGUGACAGAUGAGAGGGCCGGAACAAAAUUAACGGAAGACCCGAGCCUACCAUUCAACCAAUUGAAAAACUCGACUCCUUCAGUAUUUGCUUCAUUCUUCCCUCAUACUGACAACAAAGGCAGAAUCAAAGAAUUCGAAAAGUCAGUCGACUCGUUGAUCCUCAACGACCCUGCGGUGACAUCAACAAGGACUGCCUCGCCUGCUUUUGGAUCAGGGCUGCGUUUGGGAUUCCUCGGACAGCUUCAUUUGGAAGUUUUCUCUCAGCGACUGAGGGAUGAUUUUGAAACGGAUGUUAUCGUUACUUCUCCAUCAACAGCCUUCAGAGCGCGAGUCGACGAAAGUUUAAAAGAUAAAAAUUACAACGCGAUUCGACAAAAUAGAACACUCGUUGAUCCAGAAGAUCCCUAUAUCUUUGAAUUCGAAGUUGCCGAAGAAUUUAUUCCGAGAAAAUUUGUGACUGAAUAUCAAGAACUCUACUCGUUACUGACAGUUAUCAGCCCCGUCGAAUACUCUCCAGCAAUUUUGAGUGCGGUUGAAGAAAGAAGAGGGUCUUAUGUAGUUCCAGAACUGCAAAUGAUAACGCACAAGCACUCAGCUGAAGCUCUCGGAAGAAAAUUGACGAAAGAAUUUGUCGAGUUACUACCGAUGCAAGAUCAUAAAGCCUCCGUCUCAGCGCACAUAACCGCAGACCCUGAUCAGCAGCGUGGUUUUUGGGGAAGCUCGUUUGGAACCCGACAUACGAAUUAUAGACGCGAAGAUACCACAAGAUCAAAAGCUAACAAAAAGAUUGACCUGCAAAGAAGACAAAAGAAAAUUAAAGCGGAGAAAGAUCGUCUUGAAAAGCUGAGGCAAAUUGGAAACGUAAAGGUUCCAAAAGACGCUAUAACAUCUUUGUUCUCGCUGAUAUGA